GUCUUCACAACCAAGCAAGCAAAAGAAAGUAGAAAGUAGAGACUAUACGAGAGGGAAGAAGAAGAAAACGAACACAACAAGCAAUGGAUCCCAAGCUCACAGAGGUCUCUCAGCUCUUCGAACGCUUCAAAGCUGCGUUCUUAAGGAACGACUUUGAUACCUGCACUAGACUCCUCUCACAACUCAAGGUCUCACUGACACAAUUCAGAAGCCUACCACCAUUGUUCGAAGCAACACCCAAUGCAAUUCAUGAAUUGAAUUUAGCAAGGGAUAUAUACGAGCAUGCUGUUGUUCUUAGUGUGAAGACGGAGGACCAAGAUGCAUUUGAGAGGGAUUUCUUUCAGUUGAAGCCUUAUUACACAGAUGCUGGCAACCGUCUUCCACCAUCCCCUCAGGAGCAUCCAAUCUUAGGACUCAACCUAUUGAGGCUUCUUGUUCAGAAUAGAAUAGCCGAAUUCCAUACUGAACUUGAACUUCUUUCCUCCACUGCUAUGGAGAAUCCUUGCAUUAAGCAUGCAGUGGAGUUGGAGCAGUCCUUCAUGGAAGGGGCUUACAACCGUGUGUUGAGUGCUCGACAGACAGUGCCACAUGAGACUUAUGUCUACUUCAUGGAUCUUCUGGCGAAGACAGUCAGAGAUGAAAUAUCUGGCUGUAGUGAAAAGGCUUAUGAUUUCCUUGCAAUUAGUGAUGCGCAGAAAAUGUUGUUGUUCUCUUCUGAACAAGAACUAUUGGAGUACAUUAAGGAGGAGCAUUCUGAGUGGGAGAUAAAGAAUGGUUUCGUUUAUCUCCAGAAGGCAAAAGAAUCUACACCAUGCAAGGAAAUACCUUCUCUGCAAUUGAUCAACCAGACACUCAGUUAUGCGAGAGAGUUGGAGCGGAUUGUGUAAUUGUGUAGAAGAGAGCGAAACUGGCCAGGGUCAUUAGCUUAAAAAAUUGUUCACUUUUGUAUCUUAAACCUCUUCAUAUUUUCAGUUAUCUAGGCUUUGCAUUGCCAUUCAUUAUUGCAUAAUGAAUACCUUUCAGUACAUUUUCAAUUCUUAAAAGUUUAUUAUACGAUUAUUUUCUGAA